GGGAGGGGGGAAGAAGGAUAAUUAAAUUUUAUCCAUCCAAGAGAACAUCAGAAACCAGAUAUCUGCUGCUGCUGAGUUUAGUGUUAAAGACGAAUAGAAGAAGAAGAUGAUGAUGAUGAGGCAAGGGCUUGUGGCAUGGAGCCCUUAUCCUCGGUCUAUGUGUUCUCCCUCAUCUUUGCAGACAACUAAAGCCCACCGUUUGCAGCCUACUUUCUUGACUGUCUCAGCAAGAUUGCAAGAUGGGGUUGCCCAGCACCAAAUCACCUGCAAGUACGACAUCAACAUUGCUCGCCAGCUGCUCACUAUCAGUCACAGGGAAAUGAUGUUUCUAAGAGUCCCAGUGAUGGCCCUUAUUGCCACUGAUGCCUUGAUGUACUUUGCACCUUUGGAAGCUAUCGCAGAAACUUGUGAGGCAGACAAUUCAAUACUCAAUAUGAAUAUGCCCUUGCUGCUUUUUGUUGCCCUUAUCGGUGCCACAGUUGGAGGAUUACUUGCGCGACAAAGGAGAGGAGAAUUACAGCGCCUGAACGAACAGCUCCGGCAGAUUAAUGCAGCUUUAAGAAGGCAGGCUAAGAUUGAAUCAUAUGCGCCCAAUUUGAGUUAUGCUCCUGUUGGUGGAAGGAUACCAGAGAGUGAAGUUAUUGUUGACUCAAGGAAGCAGGAGCUGAUCGCCUGCCUGAAAAAUGGGAAGAAUUUUUUGAGAAAUCAAGAUCCAGAUAAGGCAUUUGCAGAGUUUAAGUCUGCUCUUGAGCUUGCUCAGAAUCUGAAGGACCCAAUAGAGGAAAAGAAGGCUGCUAGAGGCUUAGGGGCAUCAUUGCAAAGGCAGGGUAAGUACCGGGAAGCAAUCAAAUAUCAUUCUAUGGUUCUGGCCAUUUCGCACAGAGAAGGUGAGGAAUCUGGAAACACAGAAGCUUAUGGAGCCAUAGCUGAUUGUUACACUGAGCUUGGUGAUUUGGAGAGAGCCGCAAAAUUCUAUGACCAAUACAUAGCGAGGCUAGAAACGGACUGAAUGUCCACAUUUGUUCAGAUGAUGUUGGAUAUUCAUUCAGUGAUCACCAUUUUCCUAGUAGCGUGAUCCUUUGAAAUUUACAUAGAAUUUAUGGCUAGGCAAUUGAUGGUGAGAAAAAAUGGUUAGCCAAGGUGACUUUGUUUUAGACAUCUGCAGACUCUAGAGCUUGAAAAACAGACUGGAGUAAAAUCACCCAACAAAUAAUGAUGCAGGUAGAGAAAAGUAUCUCGUAAAUUGUAAUCCUUCCCUGAUGAGGAUUGGUGAAAUAAUUUUGUAUCUAUGUUCAUCAUUCCUGUCCA